GAUUUUUAUAUCGCAAUGGAUGUGACGUGCAGCACCAGCUCUAUAUUCAAUCUCGUGGCUAUUUCGAUAGACAGAUACAUAGCGGUGACCCAGCCGAUAAAGUAUGCGAAGCACAAGAACAAUAGAAGAGUAUGGUUGACGAUACUGUUGGUCUGGGCGAUAUCGGCCGCGAUCGGCAGCCCGAUUGUCCUAGGCCUGAAUAAUACUCCGGAUCGGAUACCGGACCAAUGUCUGUUCUACAAUACGGAUUUUAUCAUCUACUCAAGCCUGUCCAGCUUCUACAUACCCUGCAUCAUCAUGGUAUUCCUUUACUACAAUAUAUUCAAGGCUCUGCGAAACAGAGCGAGAAGGGCUCGUGCUACUAAAAAACCGAAUUUAGGCGAUAUAAAACCGGGGAGUAUCAUCGAGAAUAUCGCACACACGCGUAGGUUUGCGGAAACGGCGCUGGGGGCGGCCGCCCUGGUGGCACCUGGGAUCGAGGAACCGACAAACACCGCUUCCGGCAGCAACGAGGACGAGGAUGAGACGCCCCUCGAUCCCGUCGUCGUCAUCUCCAAUGACAAGAGCACGGAAUUCUUUUUAGCCACGGUCGUCGAGGAAGCAGCCGCGGUGGCACAAGCUCAGCUGACUGGGACACCACAUGUACAGCGGCAAGACUCCAGCGGAUACGACGUCGCAGCGAGUAGCACGAUGAUCCACGAGCCACUCGAGACAAAUUCAAGCCCGAGCCCGAAUCCGCGGAUUACGUCGGGCCCGCCGUCCUCGUCGACCUCAUCGUCGCCUCCGCCGACACGAGGUCCGACCAGCGUGUCCUCUUCGACGCAGACGAAGAGGAACGGUAACAACGGCGGCGCGAACAAGCAGGAGCUGAAGCGGCUGAAGAGCGCUGGCUCGCAGAACGCAUCGGCCGGGUCGAGGUUCACAAUAUACAAGGCCAACAAGGCUAGUAAAAAAAAGAGGGAGAAAAGCUCAGCCAAGAAGGAGCGCAAGGCCACGAAAACUCUGGCGAUCGUGUUAGGUGUCUUUCUAAUAUGCUGGGUGCCAUUCUUCACUUGCAACAUCAUGGAUGCAAUCUGCACGAAGCUGACGAAGGCUUGUCAGCCUGGUGUCACAGCCUUCAUCGUCACUUCCUGGUUGGGCUACAUGAACAGCUUUGUGAAUCCCGUAAUAUACACUGUGUUCAACCCCGAAUUCCGUAAGGCCUUCCGCAAGCUGAUCAGUAUAUAAGCGUGCAAUUCACCCACUUCUACCGCUGAAGAAGAUACACGGGACACUAAACAUAACUCGGUGUAAAUCGUCGUAUUUGUGAUGUAAUAACGAUACUGUAGGCAUUCGGCAAACUUGCAACAGGUACUGUUGUUCUUGUAUUUGGAACCUCAACAGCUGCAUUUGCCUAUCGGUUUUCGCGUUCCGUCGCGUGUCAAUCGUUUUCCAAGCGAAUAAGGAAAGCCGAGACUCACGAAACAUUUCCCAUUUUAAAACUCUUGGAAAAUACGGUUAGCGAUA